AUGGCACCUCCUAAGGGGGGCUAUGCGCCCAACUUGGACAAGUUUCUCGAUACGUUAAAGAGUCGACCGGUAGAUGCUUCUGUGGAAUUUUUGAUAUCAACUCCUACUUUACCUCCCGCAAUAGAGCCUAUUCCCAUCUCAAAAUCAACUCGACUUCCCUCACUAGUCGCCCUUGGGUCCUUUGCUCGCACGCAGUCGAUGUUCAAUCUUCUCUCAGAUCCAGACUUUAUCCCCUCGCCGGGUUCCACGCCGAAGCUGGGUUCGGGGGCUUCGACGCCACAGGGAUUUCCACAAUCUACAAACAUACAAGCACUUAGGUCUGAAGUGAUUGACGGAAUCGAAGAAAUUAUGGAUGAGAUAAGGCAGGUUGAUGAACAGGUCCAAGCCUACGCCGAGAUUAUCAUCCACCCAGGAGAUUACAUUUUAGUUCACCAACCUUCAAGAACAGUUCAGAAAUUUCUUCUACGAGCCGCAUCGAAAAGGAAGUUUACGGUAUUUCUCGUUGUCGACCCAUCCACAGCCUCUACCGACGAUGACCCGUAUACCUCCCUACGAAAAUCUCUGUCCUCCUCUGGAUCGACUGUAGUUAAUAUCAUGAAUGUCGGCCUUAUGGCUUACAUGUCGAAGGUCAACAAAGUCAUUCUCGGAGCUCGGGCGAUUACAAAGAAGGGCGGAGUUAUUGUAGACUCCGGCGCUGCAGUCAUCGCUCGUGCUGCUCGAGAGCAAGGCCGGACAGUCAUUGUCCUAGGCGGCGUCUAUAAGCUCAGUCCUGAUAAUCGUUUCCAUCACGAAGGGCUUGUUGAAUGGGGGAGCCCUUCUAAGUAUGUUAACUUUGCAGACGGUGAAAUGGUUAGUCAAGUGAGAGUUAGGAAUGCUAUCGCCGAGUUCAUUCCUACCGACCUUGUCAACACGUAUAUUACGAACUUGGGUGCGCACUCUAAAGACCACUUGCAUGGUCUUAUAGCCGACCAUUAUAAGGAGGAGGACAUCAACUUUGACCUCUUUGGAAGAAUCCAGAGAUGA